CCGCAGAUACAGCAGGGUUGACAGGAAGAACCCGGCAUUGUGCUAUUAAUGACAUGACACGCGAUUAUUUGGGACGUGUGUCGAUUUCGCGCAAUGCCAACAACCAGGCGCAGCUCCCCGUCCGGCCCCCUCGGCUGGUAACCCAUGGAGCGUGUUGGGCCCUGGCCCGGCCUUGGCUCCGCCGUGUAACACACAAUGAGCUUCGAGCGCGGCCUCCCCCUUCCGCAUUUUCCUGAGGCUCUGCGCCAGUGACGUUUACUGCUGACGGCUGCUCAACCAGGAGAGCUGGCCGCUCUUUUUUUGCCACUCUCCCUCCUUCCCCCUCACAGCAAUCGAGCUCGGCCCCUCCCUUUCUGCCUCUCGCACUCGCUCUAUACCUUCCCCCCCUCCUCCCUCCCUUCGAAUCAGCCAUCGCGUUCAGGCCUAAACAGACGAGCAAGGCGGAAUAGUAAACCGUGCGGGAAAUCCCCGCCAACGCUGUGCAGUGUGCUGGCUAAUGUUUGUUCAGAGUCAUGGAAGAUGUAGCAGAACUUGAACUUCAGACAACAGAGCCGCAUGCAUUUUUUCAUGCUUCAGGUGCUGGACAGCGACAUCUUAAUGGGAAUGAAAUAAUUGUGGAAAUACAAGAAACUGUCUUUGUGGCUGAUGGAGAUGGAAACAUGGCGGUGCAGGGUUUUGGACCAGAUGAGGGCGACUCUGUUGUAAUUCAGGAUGUCAUUGAGGAUGUUGUAAUUGAGGAUGUCCAGUGCUCUGAUAUCUUGGAUGGAGCCAGAGUAUCUGAGGCUGUUAUUAUUCCUGAACAUGUUCUGGAAGAUGAGGUGGGCACUGGGGAGGAAGAACAAGUGCUGGAAGAGGAUUCAUUAACCUCCUGCGAUGUACCAGACAAUGUCUUAGAUCAUGAACUUGUUGAUGGUGAAUUGACUCUUCCUGACCCAGAAACUGGCGUGCAUUCUGUUUCAGGACAUGUUGUAGGAGAGGAAAUAACGGAUGAUGCACUGGAGGAGGACAUGAUUUCAGAGGAGGUCUUAGUAGCAGACUGUGUGUCAGAAGCAGUGAUUGAUGCUAAUGGGAUCCCAGUGCAUGAAAAUGACAGCGAGGAGGUGAAUUGUGAUGAUUACCUUAUGAUCUCAUUGGAUGAUGCGGAAAAGAUUGAUGAAGAUUGUGCCGAGGAAAUAACCAUGGGGGGUGCAGUAGAAGGUGACUCCAGCAAGUUGGAUGGGUCGUGUCCAGAAGUCAUCAAGGUGUAUAUUUUUAAAGCAGACCCUGGUGAAGAAGACUUGGGAGGCACUGUAGAUAUUGUGGAAAGCGAGUCUGAAAUUGAUCAUGGAGAUGGAUUUCUUGAAUCUCACAAUGGAGGACGCAUGCCAAGAGAAAAGAUGGUGUACAUGGCUGUGAAUGACUCUCAGAACGACGAUGAUUUGGAUGUUUCUGAGAUUGCAGAUGAAGUGUACAUGGAGGUGAUUGUUGGAGAGGAGGAUGCGGCAGUAGCACAUGAACAUCAGCUGGAGGACGCUGAACUGAGCAAGACUUUCAUGCCAGUUGCCUGGGCUGCUGCUUAUGGUAAUAGUACUGAUGGAACAGAGCACAGAAAUGGAACAGCCAGCGCUCUUUUGCACAUAGAUGAAUCCGAUGGCUUGGACAGGCUAACGAAACAAAAACCAAAGAAAAAAAGGAGAGGAGAAAACAGGCAAUACCAAACAGCCAUCAUUAUUGGCCCAGACGGCCACCCACUUACUGUUUACCCUUGCAUGAUUUGUGGCAAGAAGUUCAAGUCUCGAGGCUUCCUGAAAAGGCACAUGAAAAAUCACCCUGAGCACCUGGCCCGCAAGAAGUAUCGCUGCACAGACUGCGACUACACCACCAACAAGAAGGUGAGCCUACACAACCAUCUAGAAAGCCACAAAUUAACAGCCACUGUCAUCAAGACAGAGAAGGAUCUGGAGUGUGAGGAGUGUGGGAAAAUAUUCCUACAUGCAAAUGCUUUGUUUGUCCAUAAGUUAACACACAAAGAAAAAGCUGGCAACAAGAUGCACAGAUGUAAAUUCUGUGACUAUGAGACAGCGGAGCAGGGGUUGCUGAACCGGCAUUUGUUAGCUGUGCAUAGCAAGAGUUUCCCUCACAUUUGCGUGGAGUGUGGGAAGGGCUUCCGUCACCCGUCUGAGCUUAAGAAACACAUGAGAACACACACAGGAGAGAAACCCUAUUUGUGCCAGUAUUGUGAUUAUAGGUCUGCUGAUUCAUCCAACUUGAAGACCCAUGUCAAGACCAAGCACAGUAAAGAGAUGCCCUUUAAGUGUGAUAUUUGCCUGCAGACUUUUGCAGAUUCUAAAGACUUGCAGGCACACGCCAUUCUACAUCAGGAAAGCAAGAGCCACCAAUGCCUGCACUGUGAUCACAAGAGCUCUAACUCCAGUGAUCUGAAGCGACACAUUAUUUCUGUACAUACCAAGGACUAUCCCCACAAGUGUGAGGUUUGUGAGAAGGGCUUUCACAGGCCCUCGGAACUUAAAAAGCAUGAGGCAGCACACAAGGGUAAAAAGAUGCAUCAGUGCAGGCACUGUGAGUUCCAAAUUGCAGAUCCGUUUGUGCUGAGCCGGCAUAUAUUAUCUGUGCAUACUAAGGAGUUGCCAUUUAGAUGCAAACGAUGUAAGAAAGGCUUUAGGCAGCAAAUGGAACUGAAAAAGCACAUGAAGACUCAUAGUGGUAAAAAAGUGUACCAAUGUGAGUACUGUGAGUACAACACCACUGAUGCUUCUGGCUUUAAACGACAUGUCAUUUCCAUCCACACCAAAGACUACCCUCAUCGUUGUGACUACUGCAAGAAAGGCUUUCGGCGGCCAUCUGAAAAGAACCAGCAUACCUUGAAACAUCACAAAGAGGCUAGCUUAAUGUGACCUUGCACAGGACUUUUUCCCAACCUAAAAACCACAUACCUAGACCCGUAAAAUUGUAAAAUGUACUGUCCGUUUUUGCCGUUCGUCUUUGCUUUAAUUUUUUUUAAAUAGUUUACAUGCCUCUUGUUAAACUAAUAUUAUUUUAUACUCCACCUCUGCUCUUUGUUUAACAAAGUUGCAAGCUGAGGAAGAUGCUGUAGAUGUAUCUUUUUAUUUUUCUUCCUCUCCCUAAGUAUUUAAGCCUGAAUUUUUGUUUAUUUUGCUUUCUUUUUAAGAGCAGUUCAUCUUAAAUAAAGCUGCUAUGAUCACUUAAAAUA